CGUUUUUCAGUUCGCUUCGAGUGGCGGGGGCCGAUGGCGAAGGGCAGCGACGCCAUGGCCGCCGCCGCGGCCCUCACCCUGCUGGCCGCGGCCCUGUGCGCGCCGGCCGCCGCGGAGCUGACCCGGAUGGAGCACCCGGCCAAGAACGACGGGUCGCUCAGCCUGCUCGUCGUCGGCGACUGGGGCCGCAAGGGCACGUACAACCAAUCUAGGGUCGCCGAGCAGAUGGGGAAGGUUGGGGAGCUGCUCGACAUCGACUUCGUCAUAUCCACCGGCGACAACUUCUACGAGAACGGCCUGACGGGCACAGAUGACGAGGCGUUCGAGCAAUCCUUCACCAACAUCUACACGGCGAAGAGCUUGCAGAAGCCGUGGUACCUCGUUCUGGGAAAUCAUGACUACAGGGGUGAUGUGCUUGCACAGCUGAGUCCAGUCCUGCAAAAGAUCGACAACCGAUUCAUUUGCAUGAGGUCGUUUAUUGUUAACGCAGAAAUUGUGGAUUUCUUCUUUGUUGACACCACUCCGUUUCAACUCAAGUACUGGACUCACCCUAAAGAUGAUCAUUAUGACUGGAGAGGAGUGGCGCCUCGAGAAAAAUACUUAGCCAAUUUGCUGAAGGAUCUGGACGAGGCCAUGAAGAAAUCAACAGCAACGUGGAGGGUUGCCGUGGGCCAUCAUACCAUGAGGAGUGUCAGUGAUCAUGGUGACACCAAGGAGCUUCUGCAGCUACUUCUUCCAGUCCUCCAGGCCAACGGCGUGGACUUCUACAUCAACGGACACGACCACUGCCUGGAACAUAUUAGCAGCAAAAACAGCCCAAUCCAAUACUUCACGAGCGGAGGCGGUUCGAAAGCAUGGAGAGGAGUGUUCCAGCCCAACGAAGACAACCUUGAGUUCUUCUAUGAUGGGCAAGGGUUCAUGUCCCUCCAGCUCGAUCACAACCAAGCUGAGUUCACCUUCUAUGAUGUCAAUGGGAAUGUGCUGUACCAAUAUACGCGGUCGAGCCUGAGGAAAACAGGCCACCUCCAGCCCUCCGGCUAUGCCACCGAGGAAUGAGGCAGAUGCAGAUCACCAACGGAGAA